GGCUUAUUUUGGAAGCCCAUUGCAAUGGACAAAGAAGACUUUCCCAUUGUGAAUUCAUGACAUUCCCAGCUUCAACGUGGAGUUCAUAGUGAUCUUUUGUCCUAUCAUUAUCUUUUACUAUCUUCUUUUUCCCUUGUUGGCUCCAGUAAGCUCACAUAACACUUUGUGUGUCUGAUAUUUUCCAUUUUUUCAGCUUUCAAUUUUGAUCAUCAAACAACGUAAGUUCUGAGUCUUAGGUACAAUAUUCCAAAAAUGACAUCUCUGCUACUCCCAUCACCAUCUUGUGCUUCUUUACUGAGCAAGAGGACUAAUAGAUUUUGCAAUCAUUCUUCAUUUCACACACAUAAAUUCCAUGUAAAGAGCUUUAGCGUAAAAGCACUUAGAGAGGAAACAGAGGAAAUCAAAAGCCCGUCACAGCCAUCUUCAGCUGAGGAAGUUACAAAGAAGUAUGGGCUUGAAGCUGGUCUUUGGAAGAUUUUCAGCUCAAAGGAGGAAGGAAAGAAUAAUUCUGAACAACAGAAAUCAAAGGGUGAUCAAGCCAAGGAAUUGCUAGCGAAAUAUGGAGGAGCAUAUCUUGCCACCUCCAUAACUCUAUCAUUGAUCUCUUUUGCACUUUGUUAUGCACUAAUUAGUGCUGGAAUCGAUGUCCAAUCUUUACUGCAGAAGGUGGGAAUUUCAACUGAUGAGACCGGCGAAAAAGUUGGUACUUUUGCUUUGGCAUAUGCUGCACAUAAAGCUGCAUCUCCAAUUAGGUUUCCACCCACGGUUGCUCUUACCCCAAUUGUAGCCGGUUGGAUUGGAAAGAAAGUAGAGAAAGAUAAGUAACUUGUAGUGGUACCUUCGAAUACCAAACAGUGUUUACCUGCCUUCUGUUAUAAUAUUUACAUUUUAAUGGCCAGAUGAACAUAUGUUUAACCCACUAAUGGGCAUGUACAUCCUUAUUAAGAAAAUGAUGUUUAUUAAUAAAAUUCUAUAUUCAUCAACUACAUGUCACUAACAUUGUUAUAAUUCGCUUGCAUGAUUGAUUGCAUCCUCCAUUUUACUAGAAUUGCUAUAUAGCGCACUAAUAAGUUGCUGAUUGUAGUCACUUAUAUUGGAAUAUUGAGGGAGCAACAGAUAGAAGGUAAUUACCAAGUCGCUAGAAACGGAAUGACUACAAUUCCAGACAAUUAGUUCACGAACAGUUUGCUGAAAUUGCGAGCAUCGCAAUUAUUGAAAUGGAUGAAGUGUGAUAAAUGAACACAUUGGAUGGGAGCAUAACUCUUUCAAUUUGCAUUCCAAGUGUUUUUAUUGCUUGCCAAAAUAUAAGACAUCGAGCAUCGAGCUAAGUACACUACAAAGCCAUGACUUACAAUAAUAUACAAAGAUGGGUUCAGAAAGCCGCUAGAUUUUUUUUUUCUUGAACUACAAGGUCACUUGGAUUAUGUAAUAUUUACUGUACAAUGAGCAGUUGAUUGGCCACUCGGUUCCUCGGACGAGCUUCUUGGAGAAACAUGAGAAAGCAUCUUCAUGGAACCUUCAAUCCAACCUCUAGGACUAUGUUGAAGAGAAUACAAGAGGGACAUGGCUGAUGGCUGGAUGUCAUAGGUUCUCGACGGGAAAAGGAACACCACUUUUCCCUAUUAUAUUCACAAAUAUCAUUUGGAAGCUUCAACCUCCAGUAGGGUUAGAUGCAGAAGACAAUUCACCAACGUUUGAAGGUUGACUUGGGGUCGGAUGACUUGGGGACGUAGUGUGCUCACGAGUCAUGCAAUAAUCUUCUUGUAGUGUAUCCAGGUCAUUCCAUUCAACUCCAGCUGCAAAUGUAUCAAGGAUAUAUUCAAAAUAAUCACCAAUCCUGGAUUCCAUUUUUUUUCACUUAUUUUCAUAAAGAAUAAAACUAAAACCCCUCCUCUCCAGGUGUUGAUAUAUGUGCACCAGCGUACGCUAGAGAAAGGGAGAGAGAGCAUGCAAUAUAUAUAGACAUAUAUAUAUUUUUGGACCUUGCAUUUUCAUGAAUUUUUUGUUUUCGUUCUUCGAAACUUUUUCUUUUAAUUUUGGUCCCAACAUUUUCG